AUGGCGGACGCCACAUGCUCUCAUAUAAGCUGGGACCUUGAAGCUAACCUGAAUAGCCUGUUUAUUGCCUUCUGGAAAAAACUGGAACUUAGGCAACAACAGGUUCAGAUGCCAGACACGACAGAACACCCACCUCGCAAGCCACCUCCACAAUCCAGUGGCAAACCCACGGUGCCCAAGAUACAGAGGGCUCGAAAAUGGCGGACCACACAACUCUGCUCGUGA